AGCAUCCAAGGGAUGGUAAGAUAAGACAUCUGGCCGAUGGUGAAGCGUGGAAGAAAUUCGAUUCACUUCAUCCUAGUUUCAGAAAAGAAAGCAGGAAUGUGAGAUUAGGGCUUGCAAGUGAUGGAUUUAACCCAUUCCGAACGAUGAGACCACAAUCUCCUGGAAAUGAUAUCGAUGUGUUUUUGCAGCCAUUGAUAGAAGAUUUGAAGGAUUUGUGGACUGAAGGUAUUGAGACAUAUGAUAAAUUUAGAGACGAGACAUUUAGAUUACAUGCUGCAUUACUUUGGACAAUUAGUGACUUCCCCGGUUACUCUAUGCUCUCUGGUUAUAAAACCAAAGGUAAGUUUGCUUGCCCCGAAUGCAAUUAUGAUACUCCUAUGUAUCUCAAGCAUAGUAGGAAAACGGUAUACAUGGGUCAUCGUAUGUUUCUAGAUUCUAAACAUCCAAAGCGAAAAAGAAGGACAUCAAUUGAGAAAAGGCUUGCACCUAAGCCAUUAACUGGAUUUGAUGUUCUUGAGGAGUUAUCAACAUUUAACAAUGUGUUUGGCAAGUCACAAAAGAAGAAAACAGACAGUAGUUGCGCUUGGAAAAAAAGGUCUAUAUUCUUUGAAUUACAAUAUUGGAAAUUCAAUGAAUGUAGACAUAAUCUAGAUGUGAUGCAUAUAGAGAAGAAUAUUUGUGAUAGUUUAGUUG